AUGUCUGCACGAGUUGUUCAACCCCGAGGAACUACAGGUUCAGCUCACUCGUAUACAGCGAGAUCGAUAUUGAUCAAGAGUUUGCACGAAGGCUCGGAACUUGAAACGGAGUUCAAGUAUCCGCAGGUCGUCGGGCGUGAGAAACUACGCUUUCUCCAGAAGAGACAGAAAAAAGGGCAGCAGAGGUACUUCGACUCCGCGGACUACAACAUGGCCAGGGCCAGGGCCCACGUGACCACCCCCCGGGACUUUCCAGCCGUCCCGCAGAACGACACGGGAGAGGCCAUACCCACCGUGGAGUCGCUGCCCCCGCGCAACGCUGCCAUCGAGCAGAGCAAGCUGGCCACCCUGACUCUUUUCUAAAAACUGCCGAGAAGGCGCAUCCAUUCUUUAUGUCUCUUUUUUAAAAAAAAACUUUUUUGAAACAAUUUGUGUUGGUUUUAUGUGCAUUUCGGGUGAUACCCUGUGUCAGCAGAACUUGGCACCAAGGCGGGCAUCUCGACAGAAGCGUCGGAACUAUUCGGAGAUUAAGGGAAGGGGGGGAGGGGGGGGGGAUUUUCCCCCUCAUUCGUGUUGUUUAUUCAAAGUUGUUUUAAAUGUCUAGGCUACUGCACCACGGCCAUUCAGAGGGACAGCCGGAGUAUAUGCGACAGUUGUCACGUGCCGCGCUUAGAGAGCUCCGAUUGGCUCGCUAGGGCGAAACGUUAUUCUUUUAAAGGUAUGGCGCUUUUUUUUUUAUUAUUAUAUUUUUAUUAGUUGGGUGUUGUUCGAGUAUUUCUUGUAAAUAAAGAUCGUUGACUGUACGACUCUGGAGUGGCUUCAAAUGGGGACAGAAGACAGA